AGAGGAAAGAUGAGUUGCUGAGUGUGCAUACCUUUCCAGAGCAUGUACACACACCCUGCUCUGGGGGCCCUUCUAGGCUGCCCCCAUGGAGUUCCCCCUGGCCCAGAUAUACCCUCAAGGGAGUCAUGAAGCCCCCACCCCAACCUUCAGUACCUUCCAGUCCAUGGACUUGACCCAAAGUCGCUACCUGGGCCUGGGCUUACUCCCGGAGCCCAGACUGCAGACCCUGAAGGUUGAGGAGGCUCAUCCCAGCCCCAGGGCCCCAGCCGUUCACAACGUGGCCCCAGUAGCUGCUUCUGUCUCAGGGAAUGCCGAGGGGUCUGAAGAGGUGCCUGGUGAAGGCAGCUUGUCCUUGCAGGCUGAGACUCGGGCUUGGUUCCAGAAGACCCAGGCCCCCUGGCUCCUGCAGCAUGGGGCAGCCCCUGACUGGUUCCAUGGUUUCAUCACCCGGAGGGAGGCAGAGAGGCUGCUGGAGCCCCAGCCUCAAGGAUGCUACUUGGUGCGGUUCAGCGAGAGCGCCAUAACCUUCGUGCUGACUUACAGGAGCCGGACUUGCUGCCGCCACUUCCUGCUGGCCCAGCUCUGGGACGGUCGCCAUGUGGUGCUGGGCGAGGACAGUGCGCAUGCACAGCUGCAGGACUUGCUGCGGCACUACACUACGUGCCCGCUCAGUCCCUAUGGGGAGACACUCACCCAGCCCCUCGCUCGCCAGACUCCUGAGCCUGCUGGGCUUUCUCUGAAGACUAAAGAAUCAGACUCUGGGAGCAAAAGCCAGGACCCAACCCCCCAGCACAACCAACUUGUCAAACAGAGGCAGAUCACAGCCCUGGUGCACAAAGAGGUGACCUGGGAGCAAAAGGAGCCUUACCAGUUGCCCAGGCCCAAGCCUCCAAUCCCUGCCAAGCCUCAGCUGCCCCCCGAAGUCUACACAAGCCCCACACCAAGACCCCGCCCAGCCCCACCCCCGAAGCCCAGCAACCCUAUCUACCAAGAGCCUGAUGAACCCAUAGCCUUCUACGCCAUGGGCCGGGGCAGCCCUGGGGAAGCACCCAGCAACAUCUAUGCAGAGGUGGAAGGACUGGCAGAGACGGCAUCCGCCAGACACUCCAUCCUCCGGAAGUGCCGGUCCAGGCCCAUCCCAGGAAGCCAGAAUCCAGGUGGUCCGAAGCUGCAUUCUGAGAACUCUGUGGCUGGCCAAGGCCCCCCCUGCCCCAGCAGCCCUCACCCCCUUGGAGACACACCCUUCCCCACAAUUUUUCUAGACAGGUGCUUCAGGACAGAGGGCAGAUGUGACUCCCCUUCGGGCCUCCUCACUAAGCAGAAACAGCAGAGAUUUCCUCAGAUAGGAAGCCUGGCUGCUUUCCAGAGUUCUGUCACAUGGGCCUGGGCACUGGGUUCCCUCCUCUGGAUCCCAGUUUGGCCCUGACCCCUUGACCGACCUGCACCCCACCAAGAAGCCUGGAGGUCAGAGGAACAAAUGUGAGGCUGCCUCCUCUUAGAGACAUGCACACUGGCUUCUCCUGAGAGUCCCCCAGAAGCCAAUGGCUCGGUGCUUGCUGAUCCUCUGAGAUGGCAAGGAAGUAUGCUAAAAGGUCCUGCUGACUACCACUGCCUUGGUUUAUGCUCCUGGAGUCUAAUUUCCUUGGCCUUCUUAAUCUUUGAGUCUGGGCUCUGGUCCAAUGCUGCUGUUGUCUGAGGAAUGGUUUGGUGAGAACAGAUGUUAAAACUUGUUUGUUGAUUUGUGUCUGGCUAAUAAAUCAUC